AUGAGACCAAAGAUUUAUCUGUUUGGAGAUUCGAUAACUGAGGAGUCGUUCAGCUAUGGCGGAUGGGGCGCUUCACUGACCGAUCACUUUGCUCGCACGGCUGAUGUAGUUUUGAGAGGGUACAGUGGAUACAACACAAGAUGGGCUUUGAAGAUAAUAGAAAGCGUGUUUCCGUUCAGCGAGAUCGGAAGAGAUCAACCGGCGGCGAUUACCGUAUUUUUCGGUGCGAAUGAUGCUUGUUUACCCGAUAGAUCUAGCAAGUUUCAACAUGUGCCGCUGGAAGAGUACAAGCACAAUCUCCAAGCUCUUGUCGCAUACUUCAAGAAGCAAUGGCCAUCGACUCACAUUAUCCUCAUCACACCACCUCCGAUUGACGAGCAAGCACGCAUCCUGUACCCUUAUCCCGGCAAUGUGCCCGGGAUUCCCGAGAGGACCAAUGAGUUUGCUGGCGCGUACGCCAAACAAUGCCUUGCUGUUGAGGCUGAAUGUGGCGUUUCUUCUAUUGAUCUGUGGGGGAAAAUGCAGGAGUUUCCUGGUUGGCAAACGGCUUAUUUGAGGGAUGGAUUGCAUCUCACUCAAGAUGGCAAUAAGGUUGUGUUCGAGGAAGUGAUUGCACGGCUGAGGGAGAAACAAAUAAGACCCGAUACUUUACCAUCCGAUCUCCCACUCCUAGACGAAAUCGAUCCAAACGACCCCCUAAAGUCUUUUGAGUAG